GGGAAGAUAUAUAAAUAUAGAAUUGUUGAGCAGGUGAGUAGGUCCACCAAUAAGUUUGACCAGUUUUGCAAUAGACUUGUUUUUAUUUUCUUUCCCCAAGUCUCUCUCAGCUCAGCUCAAACUCAACACAACACAACACAACACAACCACCACCCUCUGUUGGGUUGGGACUUGGGACCUGAGUUGCCUUGCUUGCCUGGAAGCCUCAAAACCUAAUAGCGAAAACGAAGCUUUACCUUAUUAUGCUUCCAAACUUCCAUCUUCCCAUCCUUAAAACAAUAUAACAAACUCCUUCAAAACAAACCCUUUACUUCAUCUUCACAAUGCCCAACCACUAGAAUCCUUCACAACCCAUUUUGCCCCUUUUGAGUUUUUUGAGCUUUUUCAUUUCUGGGUAUUCGGAUUCACAACUCAAAUCUUCAAGUACCCAUUUGUGUUUUUCACUUCCUUAUUGGUGAAUUUAGAGUUCAAGAAAAUGGAUUUUUUAAAGUGGGUUUUCGUUGGGAUUCUUUGUACUUCAUUUGUCUUGGAGAUUGGUGCUGUCAGGCGAGGACGAACUCAACCCACUGAGCGAAUUUCAGGUAGUGCCGGUGAUGUCUUGGAAGACAAUCCAGUUGGGAGGUUGAAAGUUUUUGUGUACGAGCUUCCUAGCAAGUACAACAAGAAGAUUUUGCAGAAAGAUCCAAGAUGCCUUACCCACAUGUUUGCUGCUGAAAUUUUUAUGCAUCGGUUUCUCUUAUCCAGUCCUGUUCGUACGCUAAAUCCUGAAGAAGCGGAUUGGUUUUAUACCCCUGUGUACACGACUUGUGACCUAACACCAAAUGGCCUCCCAUUGCCUUUUAAGUCACCACGAAUGAUGAGAAGUGCCAUACAGCUUAUUUCAUCAAACUGGCCUUACUGGAAUAGGACCGAAGGAGCUGAUCACUUUUUUGUAGUGCCUCAUGAUUUUGGACCAUGCUUCCAUUAUCAAGAGGAAAAGGCAAUCGAAAGAGGAAUUCUUCCCUUGCUUCAACGGGCUACCUUGGUUCAAACUUUUGGGCAACGAAAUCAUGUUUGCUUGAAAGAGGGGUCAAUUACUAUUCCUCCUUAUGCACCACCUCAGAAGAUGCAAGCCCACCUGAUUCCUGAGAAAACUCCUAGGUCCAUUUUUGUUUACUUCCGAGGCUUGUUCUAUGAUGUUGGAAAUGAUCCAGAAGGCGGGUACUAUGCCAGAGGUGCGCGGGCAGCAGUAUGGGAGAACUUCAAGGAUAAUCCUCUUUUUGACAUCUCUACAGAACAUCCAACCACAUACUAUGAAGAUAUGCAACGGGCAGUCUUUUGUUUGUGCCCACUUGGCUGGGCUCCUUGGAGUCCAAGAUUGGUGGAAGCUGUGAUUUUCGGUUGCAUUCCUGUUAUCAUAGCUGACGAUAUUGUUCUGCCCUUUGCUGAUGCAAUUCCCUGGGAAGAAAUUGGUGUGUUUGUAGAUGAGAAAGAUGUGCCCAACUUGGACACCAUACUCACUUCAAUCCCACUGGAUCUGAUCUUAAGAAAGCAGAGGUUACUUGCCAACCCUUCAAUGAAACAAGCUAUGUUAUUCCCACAGCCUGUUCAAUCAGGAGAUGCCUUCCAUCAAGUUCUGAAUGGACUGGCAAGAAAGUUGCCGCACGACCGAAGCAUUUUCCUUAAGCCAGGUGAGAAAGUCCUGAAUUGGACAGCAGGACCUGUUGGUGACCUGAAACCAUGGUAGCACAGUCAAUUUACCCUUUUUUUCUUAGUAUUAUUCUUUGGGAUUAUAGGAACUCAUUCUGUCCCCUUUUUCCCAGUCCCCAAAAGUUUAGAAGAGUUUGUAUAAUAAUUUGUCAUGAUCAUUGAAGUGUAAAUUUUUUAUUUUAUCAGAUUAACAGAUUAUAUAUUCCCUUUGCAGCCUGGGCCCUGAGAUGUGUCUUUUAUGUUCUUAUAUGAUAUAUUUUUUUUCUUUGUAGACUCUGAUUGUUGAUAGUCUUACCUGAAAGCAUUUUGUACGAUUGUUCCAUUGUUUUUUAGUCGAAUCAUAUAUCAAUGAAGGUUUUGAUUUCCAAAA